GCAUUCGGGGGUGCGUUACAGCAAAAGUCUACCUAGUACCUAGCCGUCUAACACUAAACUCAUUUUCAACUCAUAAAUCACGACGCAUCGUAUCUGCCAUUAAUUGACGCCAUGGGAAAAAACGAGGCACCAGAAGAAGGCGAUAAAGUAUCCUGGUCCUGGGGCGGCGGUGCCCCGGCAGGCACGGUAGCUGAGACCAAAGAAAAAGGCGCAAUCGAGAUUGAGACACAACGCGGGAACACGGUGAAAAGAAAAGCUGACCCAGGAAAUCCUGCUGUCCGCGUGGAGAGAUCGGGUAAUGAUGUGGUUAAACGGUCGUCAGAACUUACUGUCGAAGAGAAGGCCAGCGAGAACGGCAAAGGGGGUACGAAGCGCAAGGCACAGGGUCAGGAUCCCGACAAGGAUGCACGGGGGGAUGAUGGAAAGAAUGAUGAGAGUGAGGAUGUAAGUGAGGAAGACGCUGAUGGCGACCUUGAUCUAGUGGGAGAUGACGAAGGGCCUCAUACCAAGAAUGAGCAGGGCAAGGAGGUGAAGAAGGGUGGAAAGGAGGCUAAUAAGAAGCAGAAGAGAGAACAGGUGAAUGGGGAUGAAGGGAAGGGUGAAGCGGAACUCAACGACGAUGAAUAUAUUGAGGAAGUUGACGAUGUCACUGAUGGCGAUAAAACAGAGGCAAGGGAAGAAGCGAAAAGGGGUAAUGACACGAACGGAAAGCACGUCGUUUUCAAAGGUUCCGAAGAACAUAAGAAGGCGGAGGCAAACCCCAAGCAUAAGACUAAAGCAAGUGACAACGCAAAGGAGGAUGCUACUAAUGGUCAGGAAGAAGAUCAGGUUAGCACAUGCACCCGAAGUCACACUGAUGCCUAA